AUGUUUCCAUCUGCGAUGAUUCGCACAUCACGAAAUUUAAUGUCGCGUAUUUUUAAAUCUUAUUGUCUUCCUAUUAAAAAGGAUACUUUUCAAAUUACUAAUACGCAAAUUAAUCCUUUCUCCUCGAAAUCUAUGAAAGUAGCUAUUUUGGGCGCUGCUAGCAAGACUGGUAAUUUAGGUUCACAUCCAUUUCAUUUCUCUAUCGUAUAUUUAAUUAUCUAUCGACUUUGCUGCCACGUUAUAGGAAGCGGUCUUGCAUUAUUUUUAAAACAAUCGCCAUUGAUCGACGAAGUGGCAAUUUUCGAUAGCAAAUGCAUUUACGGUCUCGCGCUGGAUUUAAAUUAUAUCGACACCAGCUGCAAGGUUAGUACGUGUAAUUGUCCUGGAACAAGUCUCGAGCAUACACUCGACGAGGCGAAAGUAGUAAUGAUCGUAGCAGAUGAAACGAUCAAAGAAAAAUCGAACGCAUACGAAGUCUUAAAGUCUAACGCAGACGUCCUAUCAGACUUGCUACCGAAUGUUAUUAAAUUUUCACCUCAGGCUAUGAUCGCAGUCGUAAUGAACCCGAUAAACAGUUUAAUUCCUCUGGCACUGGAGAUGUAUAAAAAGGCUGGAAUUUACGAGCACAAUCGGCUGUUUGGUGUAAUUAAUCAUUAUUCUCUUAGAGCGAAUACCUUCGCUGCAGAAAUGAUAGGCAUUGAACCAGAAUACAUGAUGGUACCUAUAAUCGGUGGAGGUUGUUGCAAAACGUGCAUUCCACUCUUCUCACAAGCAAAACCAUCGAGUAAACUGUCCCAGACAGAAAUUAGAAGAUUAACGCACGCCGUGAGAAUGUCCGACGAAGAGCCAUCGAAAGCAAAUAAAGACGAAGAGAAACCGUGUUUAGCAACAUCUUUCGCUGCCGCAAGAUUUUGCGUGUCCCUUUGUAAAGCGAUACGACACGAAAGAAAUGUUGUGGAGUCCGCAUAUGUCAGAUCGUGCGUGAUACCAGAAUUAACAUACUUCGCCACUCCUUUGGAACUGGGCCCUGCUGGAAUUCAGAAAUAUUUGGGCAUUCCAUCUUUGACUAAUUACGAGUGCGAGCUACUUAAUUCAGUUAGACCUUCUUUAAAAAAGGAUAUUAAACUCGGAGAGGUAACGAGACACGUAAUAUUCCCGAAUUUUUGAGGAAAAAACAAGAUGAAGAUCCUUUAUUCUUCGUAGGCUCUCGCUCUUGGACAUGAAAACGUUUCUUCUGAAACGUGUCUCUAA